GACGAGUGGAAACCCGCCACCACCGGCGGCGGCGCCGGCAACCGCUCUUCCGUCUCUGGCCCCCCGGCUUUUGGCGGCAAGCGCCCCAGGAAGAGCAGGUGUAAGAUUCUGUAAAUCUGCCGAGCUCCUCCCCCCUCCACCCCGACGACUACACCUCUCUCUCUCUUUCUCUCUCUCGCGACAAAUGCGCGCCGCCAGCAAAGACGACUGUAUGGGAUCUAUACGACCGAUGACGAACGCUGGGCGGGGUGCCAUCGGGAACAAACGACAACAAACAACACCAACAACGACGACGGACGACGACGCAUCAAGAAACGAACGACGAGACGGAAGAACGCAGGGGCCUAAAUUUUCUUGGCGAGCGAGCGAGAGCGAGCCUCACAAAACCCCCCCUCGAGGCCUCCCACGCAUAUUCUCACCCAGAGGAAGAAAGCAUUUUUCUCCUCUAUUUUUCUGUUUUUCUUUUUUUCCUUCUCUUUUUCUCCUUGCUAGCGGGGCAUUGCAUAAUUACGGGGUUCUCUUUUUUCCUCUUUUUUUUCUUUCCUCUCUCGAUAUUAAGGGCAUACAUCACGGCGUUUGUCAUCUUCUCUUUUUCUUUAUCCCCCCUUAUGCCAUGCCAUGCCCAUUCCCCGUCCUCGAUUUACUCUCUUGGCUUGGAGGAGGAAGCACGCAGCGAAGCGGAGCGGAGCGGAGUGGAGUGGGGUUCAGUGAUGCGACUACGAUGGAUGGACGGACGCGUCUGCAAUCAUGCUUUUAUUAACGGCUCUCAUAACCCACCACCAUCAUUCCCCCCGGCACCCGGUUUCCGAUUUUGUAAUUCCCUUGUCGCCGAGGGCGCGGGCGCAACGUAUAGUAGUAGUAUAGCUAGCUAUAGCAGCCGCCAUCCCGCCCCCCCCCCUUUUUUUUUCAUUUUUUUUUUUUUUUUCACUUUUACUUAUUUCCCCGUGUCGUGUUUCGCUGGAGAA